AUGAAAGCAGACCUCAAAGUCUGGCUUGACUUCCUCCAAUCAUUUAAUGGCAUUUUAGUCAUUACAGAAGAUAUAUGGGUGAAUAAUGAGACUCUACAACUCUACACUGAUAGCACAGGGGGAGAUAAGGGGGGCUUUGUGGGGCAAAUUCCGACGGCUAGCACCAGCAUCAGAUCCAUGGCCAACACCGCUUCCCAAGAAUAUGUGGGAAAUUUAACAAGGGAGGCAAACAGACUCAUACAGGGUUCACUAUCAGCAAACACAUACAAAGCUUACCAGGGGGCUCUCACCAACUUCAAAAAAUUCCUGAAUAAUUGUGGGACCACAUUGUAUUUCCCCAUUCCUGUUGAUCAUUUGCUUAAUUUCAUUGCCCACCUUUCUAUUUCAGGUACAGCUUAUAGAACAGCUGCACUGUACAUUAGCGCAUUAUCAUAUAUCCAUAAAUUAAGAGGCAUACAAGAUAACACUCAGUCAUUCAUUGUCAAAAAAGCCUUGCAGGGUCUCCACAAAAAGAGAGGUAUCACUUUAGAUUCUCGAAUCCCAUUAACUGUAUCCAUCUUGGAGCAUAUAGUAUCAGCAUUGCCGUCAGUGUGUAGAUCAUCUUACGAGGCAGUGUUAUUUUCCACACUUUUCUCAAUUGCAUAUCACGGCUUGCUUAGAGUAAGUGAAGUUCUGAAUAUCCAUAGGGCACACAUCACGUUUACUAGAAGCAAGGUCAGCAUCUUAAUUCCCAGGUCCAAAACUGACCAAAUGGGAAAUACAACAACAUUGCAUAUUUCCAAACAGUUAAAUUCAGAUAUUUGCCCAGUACAGUGGGUACUCAGGUUUUUGCCGCUGCGCCCUAAUGAUGGUUCCCUUUUAUGCUUUAUUCAUGUCGACAAUAAGGGUGUAACAAGAUAUCAAUUCAACUACGUGCUUCAAAAAGCACUUCAAUUCAGGAACAUUCAAGGACACUUUAGACCACAUAGUUUUAGAAUAGGCAGGGCUACAGAUCUUGCAAAACAGGGGUUUCCAGAUUCAGAAAUAAAAUCUUUGGUCCGGUGGGAGUCAAAAUCUUUCAGAAACUACAUAAGAUUAUAACAUGUUAGCAUUGUUAAAUGGAAUACAGGCUAAUUUUGCCAAAGUAUUCCAGGUUUCAAGACGAUUUGGAUAGUGGGAUCUUCAAUACCUUAUUGGGCUGGUGAGGAGGCAGGGAGGAGACCGGGUGGAAAGAACCUUAAUCUUGGGAUGGACAUCACUUGGAAGGGAAUUAGAGGGCUGAAAUGGGAAGAUCUUGACAAAGUGUUAACAGAUGAACUCAAACAUCAACCACACCCAGAUGUACUAGUCAUUCACGCAGGGUCAAAUGAUCUAACUACGUCUGGCAAUACUGCACUUAGAUUUUCACAUGAAAUUCAAUGUAGUUUGUAUCGUUAUAAUGUAUUGCUUCCUAAAACUUUGCUCAUUUGGUCAACAAUGUUUCCCCGUCUUUAU